AUGAGUGCGGAAUUUGGUCCUUCUGUACCAUUUCCCCACAUCGGAGAUAAUGUAACGACGUGCAUGAGAAAAGGUUUUGAACCUUCACCUGCAAUAUAUGAUCCUCUAGGACCUGUUGAUCCGGUUAAAAGGGAUAAUCUUUUGCAACACCUAAAGCCACACGAGGAAAUUCCACAUGGAGAAGCUCACGAGGAUAUUGAGUUCUACAGAAUCCUCAUCACUCCAAGACCUUGGCCCAUCAAAGAAUAUGGAUGGCUGGUUCAAAAUCUGAGUUAUAUAUUAUCUGUGCAACAUAUUGCUUCGUAUAUGAGAGUCCUCAUUCAAAGGUCCAAACAAGAUCCCAGUCCAUUUUGGUCCAAGCGCGUUGCCUUUAUAGACUCUUGGUUCCUUGAAUCAUGGGUUCACGAUUAUAAGGAGUUCGAAGUCAAACCGGAAAUGGUCAAAUUCAAAGGAAGUGGUUAUGAGGGGUUAGCAAACGGUUUGAUCGCCACAGACAUUCAGACAAAGUUGCGGUGGUUUACAGAUGUAGAUCACUUGUACGGAGUGCUUAAUACUGGCGGCAAUCAUUGGGUGGGUUUUCACGCGGAUCUGCAUAAAGAGAAGGUUGAUUGCUAUGAUUCAAUCGUUGGAGAGCAAACACUCGAAAGUGAUCUGAGAAUGCUAAAUUUCUUUGGGCCGCUUACUCGUAUGAUCCCUGCGAUUCUGAAUGCACUUAUUCCUGAUGAUAUCCGAGUCCCUACCUAG